CCCAUCUUUUACACUAUGUUGUUAUAACUUUGUGAGUUGAUAAUGUUGAUGAAAUGGUCAUUUUACUUUGAAGUCAAUUUGAUUUUAAUAGAUAGAUCCACUGUGUCGUUGAAUUGCUUCUUUGCAGAGUGGAGAUUUCAGCUUUAUGAUGUCUACUUGUAAAUAUUCUAAUGUAGUGGAACCGGUAAGGAAGCUAAAGAAGAAAGAUGGGUUUAUAAGAACCAAAGGGAAUGAUGGAAAAUGUGCUUUGCCAGAUAACAGUCCCCCUGUAACAGUUAGGCCCAAAGGAACAAAAUCCCAACAUCAAAGAAGAGAAAUGUUGCAAUCCUGUAAAGAAGGCUUGCCCAGUCUAAAUAAACAUAAGGCAAUAUUGGGUGGAGAAGUCAAUUCUGAACCUUUCAAAGUUAAGCAACCUUAUUCAACAAAGAAUUCAAAAUCCUUUAAGGAUAAGGCCUCUAAACAUCCAUUUGUACAUUCUUCACAGUUGAAAAUCAAUGCGGCAGCAACAGUUUCUGCCAAGUUGAUGAAGAAGCCAACCAAGGUAAUCAACAGAGUAAGCUAUUAUUCUAACCCACCUGUUAUAGAUGACAAUAUUGAAUAUAAUCUUCUCAAUUCUGGAAUAAGUGAGCAAGAGUUGCUAGAUUUGAAUUUGCUCCCUGAUGGACUUCAACAACACAAAUUGACUGUGACACCUGUUUCUACACCAAAGAAAUCUGGAAAACCUAUUAUUGGAGGAUUUUCUAGUUUUGAUGGUUCCAGGUUCAGUCCAAUUGAAGAGGCCUCUCUAAUGCUUCAUCGCCCUAUUGCAUAUGCAUAUUCCAUAGGUUUUUAUUCUAAUCCAAGUGUAGUGAGUGAUUUAGAAAAUACAGAUGAUGAUUUUGAGAGUAACUUUCUUAGUUCUGGAUUAAGUGAACAAGAUCUGCUAGAUUUGAAUUCGUUAACUGAUGGGUAUGUCAAUACUCCUGUUUCUACACCAGAGAAAUCUGAGAGAGUUAAUGUUAGAGGAUUUGAUAGCUUUGAUGGUUCCAAGUUCAGUCCAACUGAAGAGGCUUUGCUUGUUCUUAAUAGCACAAAUGAAGAUAUGUUUUUAACUCCUCUUUCUUCAAAAGAAACAUCUAAGAGAGUUUCUGUUAGAGGAUUGCAUAGCUUCGAUGGUUACAAUUCUAGUCCAAUUGAAGAGGCUUUGCCUAUUCUUAAUAGGUCAAUCGAAGAUCCAUUUAUUUCUUCUGUUUCUACUGAUGUGGUGUCAGAGAAUACACCCACAGACAUGCUUCAUAUAACAGAUUGGAAUGCAGACCCAACAGUAUCAUUGCAGUCAAGUCCCACACAAUGUUUUGAUCCAUGGUCUGUGGAAACAGGGAGCACUUCAGAAAAUGGGGCCUUAUAUGAUAAAUGCUCUUGGAAAGGUAGUAAGUCUACUGAUUCAUGUUUCUUUUACAAUUCUAAAGCAAAAAGAAUGAGGCCCUCUUGUUUAACAUCACAUUGGACAACAGAUUCUUCAAGAUCAACAAUUUCCAAGAAAAAGAAGCAGCCCACAAAUGACAUUGGUGAAGUAGAAUGGUUUUCUAAUCUAAGAUUUCUGACUGAUUCGGCACUUGUAGAUGAUGAAGCUGAGUGGGAUCUUCUCAGUUCUCGAACUAGUGAAGAAGAAUUGUUAUCUUUGAAUGUUCUCCCUGUUGGACUCUUUCCAAAGAAAGAGAUUAUUACUUCUACUUCUACAACAGAGAAACCAAACAUAGUCAUUGCUGGAGGAAUCCAUAGCUUUGAUGGGUCUAGGUUUAGUCCGAUCGAAGAGUCUUUCCUUAUUCUUAAUGACCCGAUUGCAAAUGAAUAUGCUUGCAAUACUGAUAAAGGAGGAGAAACAUCUCAAGUUAUUGAACUCAAAGGCAAACUUGAUUUUUGUUAUUUAUUGGAGGCAGAACUACUGGAUGAAAAGACCCAAAACAAAGAGCUGGAUUGUAUAUUAAAGUUACAAACAGAUCUACUGGAAGUAAAAGCACAAAUUAAAGAGCUGGGAUGGUUGCUGGAGAGUUCCCUAAGGAGGGCGGACAUGUUGCUACCAAAGCUUGCAAGAGAGGAUGGGCUAGUUGCAUAGUGUGGCAGAGGGAGGCAAUUUUUUUUGCAUGCAGUCACCAUUUUCCACUAUUGGCGAGAUUUUUGUUUUCUCCAAUGCCCAUGUUGGAUAUGAUGCAAUUAUUUAAUCCAGAUGUCAAGAAGAAAAACCAUGUAUUAAUUUCAGCCAUUCUUGCUAAUACUGCAAAAGAAAUAUCUGACUAGCAAA